AUACUAAUAUUAAUUCAUUAAUUACUUCCAUUCUGGAUACAGGUGGUUGUGCUUUUCGGCACUGUAUUUCCUUUUUCUCUGUUCCUUCUUGGCAAAGCCAACAGCCGCCAUUAUUGUUCGAGUUUCGACUUGCCACCGCACCAUUCACCUUCUUCUCCUCUCUGCAAUUCUUCCCUCUUCCUCUCAGAUCUGCUCCCUUUUCUCCCCUUUCCCUUACACACUAGGGUUUUAGAGUUAAACUUCCAUCCCCAAUUCUUCCUCAAUGGGGGUGCUGGUUCCUGCUUUCCUCUACAUCACCGCUUUUAUAUGCACCCUUGGAGCUAUCGCUUUGGCUAUUAUUCAUAUCUACAGGCAUCUCCUAAAUUACACUGAGCCUACCUACCAGCGAUUCAUCGUACGCAUCGUCUUCAUGGUCCCUGUUUAUGCGCUGAUGUCAUUCUUGUCCCUUGUUCUACCUGACAGUUCGAUCUAUUUUAAUUCCAUACGGGAAGUUUACGAGGCAUGGGUCAUUUAUAAUUUCCUAUCACUAUGUCUGGCUUGGGUUGGUGGUCCUGGAGCAGUUGUAAUAAGUUUGAGUGGCCGAGUUCUGAAGCCGUCAGUGUGUCUGAUGACUUGCUGCUUUCCUCCUAUACCGUUGGAUGGGCGUUUCAUACGUAAGUGCAAGCAAGGGUGUUUGCAGUUUGUGAUUUUGAAGCCCAUUUUAGUGGUAGUUACUCUCAUACUUUAUGCGAAGGGGAAAUAUAAGGAUGGAAAUUUCAAUCCAAAGCAGUCAUACUUGUACCUGACUAUUAUAUAUACACUCUCGUAUACGAUGGCUUUGUAUGCUCUUGCCUUAUUUUAUAUGGCCUGUAAGGAUCUGCUCCAGCCAUUCAAUCCAGUUCCAAAGUUCAUCAUAAUAAAAUCUGUUGUAUUCUUGACUUAUUGGCAGGGUGUCUUAUUCUUCCUUGCUGCCAAGUCGGGAAUCAUCAAGAAUGCAGAUGAAGCUGCUCUACUUCAAAAUUUUAUCAUUUGUGUUGAGAUGCUUGUUGCUGCUGUGGGCCACUUUUAUGCAUUUCCAUACAAAGAAUAUGCUGGUGCUAACAUCGGUGGAUCCCGUGGUUUCACAGCUAGUCUUGGGCAUGCCGUGAAGUUGAAUGACUUUUACCAUGAUACUGUCCACCAGUUUGCACCAACGUAUCAUGAUUAUGUGCUGUAUAACCACAGUGAAGGUGAAGAGGGAGCACGGAAGUACAGAUCACGAACUUUUGUUCCAAUGGGCCCAGAAAUGGAUUCUGUGAGAAAAAAUAAGCAUAUUUACGAAAACAAGUUAGAUGACAUACAGCUAUCGAGUUUUUCUUCUUCUACCAGUAGCACUCCCUCGAAUUCUGGUCCCGUUUCUGAUGCUCGUAGUUCUGAGGCAACAAAUUCUUCCUUGCUUGUGGAUAUAUCCAGUUCUGCAUCUGUACCGUAUGAUUUGACGGUUAUUGACUUGGAUGUAUCCACUUUCCCUGAAAAUGUACCUGCUGCUGAUAAAGUUGGUACUCAGGAAAAAUGAGGAACAUUAGAAUCUAGGUUGGUGGGAAAAACAUUUUGCUAGAGAGAUGAAACUGGGAGGGGCAUCUAACGUUCUUUCUGUUCUUGAGAGAACUAUGAUUCAAGUAUGGUUGCUUAAAUUCCGGGGAGGGAUUUAAGCAGAUCCUGUGCGAGCAAUUGUGUCUAUAUACCUUAUAAGUCCUUAAUCAGCCCCACUUCCAAACCCAAGAAAAUUGUCCUUGGUGAUGAACCUUGGUCUUACUGUAAUUGUAUUUAAUGGUUGUGUGCCGUGUCUUGGUGCACAUUGUAGAUACAGAAGAGAGCUUAUUGACAUACAUCAAACAUGAUACACAUUCAAUUUGAAUUAGAAUUGAUUGAUUCUUUUCUCA